AUAUGCGUGGCGGGUUUGCCUGCUCGAGGGCCGGGCCCCCCCCACCAGCUGGACGCGCCUCCCACACGGCGGUUUGUAGUUGAGCCGGCAGCCGCACUUGGCGCUGGCCGCAGCUUGGAUCUCGUCGGUGGUGCGGCGGCCAACAAGAGCGGUGCAGUGGCUCGUAACCUAGGCAACCGGGAUCACCAUCGCAGAGUCGAAUCUGGCUGCAUAUGCGCGCUACAUGUGAUUAAUUAAAGGUGCACCAAGUGACUAAUCACGACGGGAGACGCAAACUCGAUGGGAGUGUGUGAAGAGGCUCCGCCGGCCAACACCAUGCACUGGCAGCAGCAUGAGCGAUACACGAUAGGGCCAGCGUACGACCCCUCUCGGGACUUGUCGCCCAAUUUGCCGGUGCACUCGGAUUCUUCGUCGGGCGGCGAGGGCGAGGGUUGCUCGUCGACGACUUCGACGACGGACAACAACAACAGCGGUUUGCUGAGCGCGUCGUCGUGCUGCCGUUUCUCCGACUUUGGGCCGUCAAAGGGUCCGUCGUCGUCGCCACCGGCGCCGCCGUCGUCGGCGGCGCCGCUCGCGCAAUGCAAGAUGGAAGAGGAGAGCAGCGCGGCCGUCAGCUGCGCAGGAUGUGGAUCACGUAUCUGCGAUCGCUACUACCUCCUGGCCGUCGAUCGUAAAUGGCAUGUCACCUGUUUGCAAUGCUCUCAAUGCAGACAGGCUCUGGACGGUGAGGUCACGUGUUUUGCAAGGGAUGGCAAUAUCUACUGCAAGAAAGACUACUACAGAUUAUUUGGCAUGAGGCGGUGCGCGAGGUGCCAAGCAGCCAUCUUAUCCUCAGAGCUGGUGAUGCGCGCCCGUGACCUCGUGUUCCACGUGCACUGCUUCACCUGCUCGGCGUGCCAGACGCCCCUGACCAAAGGGGACCAGUUUGGCAUGCACGGCCCCAACGUCUUCUGCCAGCACCACUUCGAAGUGGCGACGGCGGGCCCGCCGCCGUCCCUGUCGCCGCCCCUCGGACCCCUCGGGCCUCACGGACCCCACGGGCCCAUCCCCUGCCCCCAGCUCACCGCCAACCCCUUCCCCUACCAUCAGCCGCCCUUCCCGUCGCCUGCCGGUGACUACUCGCCCAACAUGCCCCCCUCGUUACCCCAGCAGCCGCCGCCCCCCAACCCCUCACCCUGCGCCCUCGAACCCAAACCCUUCUUCAACGGCGGCCCUGCCCCCACGGCCCCCUCCACCCCCAGACAGAAGGGCCGACCGCGCAAGCGCAAGCCCAAGGACCUCGAGGGCCUGACUGCAAAUCUCGAUCUCAACUCAGACUCAUACCUGGACGUGGCCACGCCCUUCGGACGAUCUGGCUCCAGUCCGGGCGGACUGUCCAGCAGCCAGUCCAGGACCAAGAGGAUGAGAACCUCUUUCAAGCACCACCAGCUGCGGACCAUGAAGUCGUACUUCGCCAUCAACCACAACCCCGACGCCAAAGAUCUGAAGCAGCUCUCUCAAAAAACGGGUCUUCCAAAAAGAGUUCUGCAGGUGUGGUUCCAAAACGCGCGGGCCAAGUGGCGGCGAAUGAUGAUCAAACAGGAGGGAAAAAUCCCGUCGGACAAGCAGGGUCUUGACUCACCUUGCGGCGGCGACCUGCAGCAAUCGCACCUGGGGCACCCCCACUCGGACUACCUGCACAUGCAGGGCGACCCUUCGUGCAGUCCCCAGUACAUGAUGGGCAGCCCCUCCUCCCUGGACUGCGUGUGACAGCGGCUCAGUCCGGGCAUGAGCAUCGAGUACAAUUAAAACCGCGCUUAAGCGAGAUUAAUUACACACAGAGUGCAUCACGGACAGCGCCGGACGGACUGACAGGUAUAUCGGACGGAUAAUGUGAAUAGUUGAGUGGCUGGAUUAUUUACUCUAAUUUAUUGGCGGCACCCGCGCUCACGGAUGGUUCGCGGAAUUAAAAUUCUGUUUGUCGCGUCGCGGACCGCCGAGGUCCGCGCGAGUUAAUUUAUUGUUAUUACACGUACAUACCUACAGGAGGCGGGGUAGAGAGGUGCGAAGAGCGCUCACUUGGACACCUGACAAAACUCUCAUGGCAAAAAAAAAUGACCCAGAUGGUGAGAAAAGCUCUAGAGUUAAAUUUUUUGAAUUUUUCUCUUCUUUUAGCCAGAUUGGAAGAGUUUCUCAUUAAUCUAUUAAAUAUAUUUUAUUUUUUUUUAUUGUUAAAAUCAAAAUUAGAUGAAAAAGUGACCAAUACCUUUUUUUCAAAUUAUCAUUCAGUUAAAUUUCUUACCGCAUUAUUGAAUUUUUAAACAAUUCUGAUCCAGACCAAUCAGAGCCAACUAAUGCCAUAUUCUCCCACCACAAUCCAGUGUUGCCAACACAAUCAAAUUUGUUAAAAAUAUUAAUUGAACUAAAUUUUUAAUUUUCUGCUCAAUAUUUGUCAAAAAUUCUAAACAAAUUGAAAAUAUUUUUGUUUCAACAGGCUAAGGUUUAAUUAAUAUUAAUCAGAUUAAAAUUUUAAUGUUGCUUCUCUCACCGCUAUCCAGCCUUGCCAACUUCUAAAGGUUUUUCCUGAAUUUGGUACUUCUCAUUUUUUUUAUUUUUUAUUAACGGAAUUAAAUCCCAAUUCAAUUAAAUCUUCCAAGUGCAGUUCAGACCUCUCUUCUGUCGUUUUCCUUCACGUGCCGCAGCAUCAGAGUUAUUUACUAUGUAAAUCGGUUGGCGCUUUGUUUGUGUAUGUGAAAAUGUAAAAUGCGCGCGGCAGUGUUGUUUUAUACUUAAACAUACGUCUAUAUACGUAAACGUGCAUUAUUCAAAUGCGAGAGACGAGCGCGUGCAUGAGAGUCCCUUUCAAAUGAGCAAGAAGUGCGGCUGCUGAAAAUAUAUUAUACAAGAGAAGAAGAAGAAGUGCAAUGGACACUUACAACCGCGCUACACGUUACUCCUCUCACACACAAUGAUAUUUACAAAACCGCGAGUGCAUAUCUAUAAAUCCAUGUGGGUAUAAAUAAAAAUACAUAAAAAUUAUUAAUGGACGUGAAAUUCAAAUCUCCUUUAUGCAAAUUGCAUGUCGUAAUGAAUCGUAGUUAUAAAAUUGUAAUGAUAAAAUGACAAACAUGCUCAUUCUUUUUGAUUUUUUUUUUAAAUACAUUUCUUUUUCAUUCACAUAACAGACACAUGUGCAACUUUUAUUCUUCCUCUGUUUUCCUCUUCGCAACCACAGCACACCAGCUUAUAAGAUAUUGUAUAUUAAUGCUUAAGGAAUUGUAUAAGAUGAUUUCUCAAAAGCUGAAGAGAAUAAGAUAUGGACACAUCACACCGUUGUAUUUAUUUCUAUAGUUAUGUAUGUAUGACUAACUCUCGUGUAAAAAAGCAAAAAACGUUCACCAUCAAAAAACUUUUAUUAUGAAAGUAAAUAAACUCUCUCAUGACUAUCCACAUGUUAUUAUUUGUGACAUUUGUGCAUAUUUUCAAAUUAUAUACAGACCUUAUUUACAUUAAAUAUAUCAUUUUAUACAAAAUGGUAAAAUUAAA